ACUGCAUUUAGGGAAUCCGGCAAAGAAGUUGUUCUGGAAUUAUUUGGUUUGUAAAACUCUGCUCCAACUUAAACAAGAGAACGCACUAAGCUGCGAGCUUCCACGCACGAUACAGUAAGGACAUCUUUACCAAGACCAGAGUCAGAACUCCAGUGAGAGCUGCAAUAUCGUGGCAGCGUUUAGCUUGGAUAGAGUAAAAUUCCGGGCUGCUGAUACAAUUUUGGCAACUCGAGAUGCGAUUGUGCGUCGGUUUUAUGUUGCUGUUGUGGAUUUGCUCUCUUUGUUACAACGGAGAAGGAGUCCCUGGAGAUUCAAUCCUGCGAAAGGCAAGAUGUUAUGCAAACUGCUUCACCCGGAACGGGGUUAAGAACGAAUCAGAGACUUCUUGCCUGACACAGGCCUGUAAAGAGUGUCUUGCACCUUGUAACGCGAAAAGGACAUUUCCAGACGAGAACUCAUGCAAAGCAAGCUGUAACAACGCCAAUAGUUGUUUAGAUAGUUGUGAGUUCCUGACAUGGCUGAAGAAUUUCCAGUCCUUAUCUAAUGGUGAUGGAUCCUUACUACCAGUUCCUGGGCCACUAAAUGUGACAAUUUUGAAUUUCACAUCACUCUCCUUACAGUGGUCACAUGUCCCAAACUCAAAUGGCACUCCUGUUUACUUAGUUGAAAUAACUUUUGAUGGUGAGGUAUCCAGAUUAGGUCCGUUCUAUCCGAACCAGGUCAUCGUCGAGUCAAAGGUGAUCUUCACCUUUAAUCACCCGUGUACCUUUACUCCAGAUAUAAACCAGCGCGCUGAGUUCAAAGAUAUUAAUUUCUCGUUUAGAGUUGCUGUUCUGACAGAAAACUCUUCUUUAAGCUACGGAAUCAAGUCAAAUAGCAUCGCCUUCCCAAAGCCAGAUCCAGUAACAAACGUGACUCUGGAUAGCAUAGUGUACGAUGGUAACCACGAUGGAAAUAAAUUACUGAUGACAUCUUCUUGGAAAGCACCUAAAGGACAAGAAAAUAUUGUUUCAAACUACGCCUUGCGUUGGAAACAGGAUUCUCAAUGCCGAGGAGGCAUCCUUUUCAGAAAUGGAGAAACCACAGGGCCUCAGACACGAUACACUAUGUCCCUGUAUGAGAAAAUGAAGAAAUGUACCCACGAGCUCGAGGUCUUUACCAUGAUUGGCUGCAGUGUGAGCGUUCCCGCAAUUUUAAUAUACACUUACCCAGGUUGUCAAAACAUCACAAGUUUUCCAAAAGACAUCUGCUACGAAUUUGACCCUCCAGAUGCACCAAUGGCAGACAGGAUAGUCACUAACAUCCGUCUCGCAGAACCUAUGACACCUGCACCGGACUACAGAUUUUAUGCGACGUUUACCUGGAACCCGCCAGUUUACCCUUACAAGAACAUAACUGAAUACGUGUUUAUAUUGUACAAGCAACCUGGAAAUCAGUUUAUAAACUUGGGUAAUGAGAAAACUCUUUCUAAUCGCAAGACCGUAAGUGAUCUUUUGCCAGGGACGAUUUACAAAGUUCAGGUCUAUCCAGUGUUUCAAGAUGGAAGGCCUUCGUCAAAAUUUAGUGAUGCAACUUUUACUACUCCGGGUGUUGAUCCAAACGAAGUGAAAGUAACCCAUUUGACCGCUGGCCAAUUCACCGAGUCUUCAGACGGUGGCAGUUUCAGUGUUCCUAUAUCAUGGGAAAAGCCAAUUUUUAACUACAGCACGCUUGUCUUUUACACAUUUUGGUACAAGAUCGGAAGCAAGAAUAGCACAGAGGAACUGAUGCCUAACGAGACAUAUUUCAACAUUUCUGGAAUACUGCAUGGUAAACUGAUCAGAUAUUGGGUAACGCCGCAUUACCAACACAACUGGAUCAAAGGAGCACAAGUGUAUGGAAACAUUACAGCGCCUGUUCCGAGUAAUGACGACACCGAAAUCAAAAGCCUAAAGUUCGGAGAGUUCGUGCGUGAGCUCGGAACUAGCAGAUACUCCAUAAAUGUCACGUGGACAGGACCAGUGUUUAAUUUCACCUUGAUCUCCUACAAUAUCGAGUACGAAUUGACGGGAUACCAGUCAAACAGACCUACCGUGCAGAUUAAUGUGGAAAAACCGAAGAUACUUUUGUCGGGAAUAAGACCUAAAGAAUUUAUAAGGAUUAAGGUUAAAGCAAUGUUUUCCAAUCCCAACGUCAAAGGGAAAGAAGCAACACUCUCGAAAACUGCCCCAGCUGCCGAUCCAAGCACACUAAACGUUCGAAACUUUACCUACAACUCUCUCAACUUAAGUACUGUAAGGAUUAAGUGGGAAAAACCGAUUUUCAGCGAAAGUAACGUCACAAAAUAUGACCUGAAAUACAAACGAAGAGGGAAUCCAGACAGAAAAAAGGCGUUCCACUUCGAGAUUGAUGAGGGGAGGACGUAUUUUGCCAUUCAUGACUUAAUCCCUGGCGACAGUCUAGUAGUAAUGGUGACGCCGAUGUUUGACGCUACUGCUAUCGCAGGAAUCACUUUAGAAACCACUAUAGAGCCUCAAAAGCCUGACAACCAGGAAAUACAAGUGCAAAACCUACGUGUAGGUUCGUUUCUCGAAGACGAAGAAAGCAACACUUUCAGCGUCAAUUUCACCUGGGAACCUCCGCCAUUCAAGUUUAGCACUGUGCACUCUUACACUGUGUCUUAUGAAUUAUACGGAGGUUAUUCAAGGGAAGAGCUUUCUUGUCCACCGUUUCAGAUGGACAGUCGCCGAUUAGGAUGUUCCAAAAGUGGAGAUAGCUUGACAUUUGUGCAGAUAUCUGGAAUGUAUCCACGCGAAAGCGUCACUGUGAAGGUUACGCCCACUUACAGCAACUCAUACAUCACUGGGGAAAUGGCAGAAGAAAUAGGAACUGCGCCUCAACCUAGAGAGGAGCUUGUUCAGGUUAAUGGUUUGAAGUAUGAUGAGAUUUUCCCGACUGCCAACAACACUUUCCGCACGACAGUAAGCUGGGGGAAGCCACUUUUCACCCACAGCGAUGUACAACACUACAGUUAUAAAGUGGUGGCCAUAAAUUCUCCAUUACGGAAAAGGAGGGAAACGCUUUCAAACACCAUUAUAACAACGACUGGUACCAAUGUUACGAUCAAUGGGAUCAGUCGAAUCGAUGGAGUCGAAUUCCAGGUUACUCCAGUAUUCGUUGUGUCUGAGGUUACAGGUGCAGAUGCCAAGAUCUCGCUUGCCUGGAAAUCCCAAACUGAUAAAAAUCCUCUGUCUGAUCCAAUGACCGCAACUGAACUGGCUGGGCUUGUCAUAGGAGUGAUACUAGCUGUAUUAAUAGCAAUAGCGUUACUCUUUUGGUGUUACCGCGAAAGACAAAGGCAGUUUGGAGCUAAAGGACGUGUCUCUGGCAAGAAUGCUCUAAUGAUUGAUCAUUGGGAGGUAGAUGGAGACUCAGUGACCCUGGAGGAGGAGCUUGGAGAGGGGGCCUUUGGAAAGGUGUACAAAGGGGUCCUCAAGGAAUCUACAUCACCAUCACGGAGACUCUCCAUCAUGCGUCCCAAAAGCCCCAUGCGUAGAAACACGCUCAAGCAGACGGAAGGACUUAUUGUAGCGGUUAAAAUGCUACAUGGAAUGGCAGAUAACGAUCAACGCAGAGAAUUUCUCGAGGAGAUACAGCUAAUGAAAGCCGUAGGAACGCACAAAAAUAUUGUUAAUAUGCUGGGUUGUUGCACUGUGGAGGAACCAAUGUUUUUGCUUGUUGAAUAUAUUCCUUAUGGAGACCUUUUGCAUUACUUGCGAAAACGUCGAGGAAAGGUAAAAGAAUAUCUUGGUGACGAAUCACGUGGUCCCUAUCGUUCCACAUACUGCGAAACAUACGUUAUGGACAAGCAGUUUGGAGAAAGAACAACAGUGGCCACAAGGAGUGACCGCAUUUAUGUAAACAGCCCUGAUGCACCAAAAGGUGACGAUGGAAAUAUUCAAAUUCUAUCAUUUACACAAUCUGCCAAAACAGAAGAGAGAGGGAGAGAAAAUUUAGGAAUGAACCAAGAUGAAGUUCAUGAAGACGCGGAAGACGACGAGGAGACUCUCACCCCAGGAGACCUUUUAGCAUUUGCCUGGCAAAUCAGCGAAGGAAUGGAGUAUCUGGCAAGGAAAGGAUUCGUGCAUCGCGAUUUAGCGGCCCGCAACGUUCUUGUUGGUGAUAAUAAGAUAGCAAAGGUAGCAGAUUUUGGUCUGACUCGGCACGUUUAUGAAGAGAAGGUUUAUCAUGCAAAAAGGAACCGGAAACUUCCCUUGAAGUGGAUGUCAGUUGAGGCCAUCUUUGAUCAAACCUUCACAACUCAGAGUGAUGUGUGGGCUUUCGGCGUGCUCCUGUGGGAGCUGGUAACAUUAGGUGGAACACCAUACCCCACAGUAAACAACAGAGAGUUGCUUCGUCUUCUCAAAAAUGGAUAUCGGAUGGAAAAGCCAGACAUCUGUAACGACGAAAUGUACAACCUGAUGAGGGAAUGUUGGUUGGAAAAUCCCUUCGACCGACCAACUUUUACCCUAAUCCGAGAGAGACUGGAAGAGAUGAUGCAGAAAGACAACCCAUAUUUGGACUUCAGCGUCCUCGAUGAAUCUCGGGAUUAUUACAAUGUGCCGUCUUUUAACAGUUUAAUAGAUGAAUCUGAAGAUGAUGUGUUUGAAAAAGAAGAAGGCUAUGAGUUACUUGAAGAGGACCAUAAAGAGAUAAUCAUUGAAAAAGAUCAGCCUAUCAAGGACUCGAAUAAAAACGAAAUUGCUCCCUCGCCAAAAUCUUCAAAGGAAGAAAAUAACGAGCCAGUUGAUGUAGACAAGAUUGAAUUUAACAACAUUGCUUUUCAGAGUAAAGACUUCAAUGAUCUCAAAGAGGAAAAGGUAGAUUUUGACGCUCUUGAAAUGGCUCUGUAUCGCCAUGGCGGCAGGCAUAGGAGCAUUGUCCUUUAAGCAGAAAUGAUGAGCCAAGGGCACCCCGAGAACAAAACUCAAGCCGACCAAAAGUAAGAAAGAAUCCAACAAGAAAUUUGAUAUCUAUCUUUACAAUCAUAGCACUUAAAAUACUCCAUAUUUUGUUUCGUUUUCUCAUGUUAUUAUUUUUUUUUUGGUCUAGUUAUUUAUCAGAGAAAAAUGUUUGCGAAAACCCUAAUUUGCAGUUUUCAUUUAGGUUUUUUCACUUUUUUUUUAAGUGGAUUUGCAACUUACAAGUUAAACCAAUACCCUUAAGACAACAGCAAUUUUUGCAUGAUCCUUUGACUGAGAAAACUGUAAAAAAAAAUAAAUCCUCUUUUAAUAAUUAAAGUUGUUUGUGUUAAACUUUAAGAGAACAUUGCUGAAAGCACGAGGAAAAAGGUUCAAAAUUUGUCUACUAUCGUACGCAGUAUAGAUAUACUAGUCGUUCGAAGCUUAAUAACUAAACAGGCUGAUCUCGUUUUUUAAUUCGGUUUUGCUCAAGCUCCUCCCUUUAUUCAGUAGCUACCAGCGAAUAGAUUGCGAGUAGCGUGGCCAAUCAGACCACAGCAUCUGCCAUAAACAAUUCGUAUUGCAUAGCAUUUAAUUUCAAUUUCUCUUUAUUUUUCGGCGCUUAAGAGGCAGAUGUUAGACAAACAUUUAUGAGUCCCAAUUUAACUGGGAGUGACUCUAUUACUAAUUUUCAGGAAUAACAUCAGUGGUUACUUCACGGGUUCAUUACGAAGCAACAAAAUGACUAGCUCCCAGUUGGCUUGAUAGCUUAAUGGUAGAACACUACACCAGUAUCGUAGAGGCCAUCGGUUCAAUUCCCGCAUACAGGCUUGAAAUUGUUCUUUUCAGGCUUUAUUUUUACUACUGCUAAGGAAGUGUUCGUUACCGCGAAGAUCACUCUCAUGUUCAAAUAUUAUUAGCGUUAUCACAAUUAUCGAUAUCACUACCAUUGCACGAGAAAAUUAUCUUACCAGAGCAAAAGAUUAUAAUCUCUUGUCCAGAAUUAUGAUGACAAAUUUAGGAAAACGAAAUUAAAAUUUUUAUAAAUAAUAUAGCUAAACGAACCGUAUACCAGUAACAAGAAAAUACUUUUACCGUAAAUUUAGGCCACAACUUUCCUUUUGUAAUUAUCCAACUAUGGAAAACCGAACGUAACCAGCAGGAUCUGGUUUUCUAUUAUAUUUAAUAAAUAUCGCUAUUAAGUAGCUUAUAAAAGACAUUUCAGGUCUU